GCGCGAAAGCGAUCGAUAUUCGAUUUUCUUGUAUAAUGGUGCUCCGAUUGUUUACAAUAUGAAGUGGAGAUUUAGGAUACUGACCUUUUAAUUUCUAUAUUUCAAUGGACCACCAAUCCGAAAUGGGAGCAUACGGGGAAAGUAAUGUUCAAAAUAGCGGAAAUUAUAUCACAAUAAUACCCGUAGAUUAUUCAAGACGAGGCUAUCCAGUUCAAUCCGAAUAUCAAUACAAUGAGUUCCGUUCCCGCGAGGAGUACUACUCGGUUCAGAGCCAGAAGCUGCAGGCAGAAGUAAAUGCCCACCUAUACUCAGUGUCACAACGUCUUCCCCAUUUGUCGUUCAGCCCACUUGGCCGACAUCAUGAGUGGGACAAGCACGAUCCUCACAAACCCUUGCCCGACUCUAAGGAAAGCAAUAGCUCUGACUCCUUGGAAAAAAGUGUCAUGGGUUCUAACCUCAGCAGCUGUUCCAAUCAAACUGGCUCCAGCUGCAUCGCCGCUGGUUCGUUCUCCACCACUGAACCUAUCACCAGUGGAGGCAGCUCCUCCAGUGCUAUAUCUCCUCCGCUACCUGGAUCAUCGGGCAGCACUACUUCAUCAUCAACAGGACCCUCGAAUCCUGUAACAUGCAUAUAUCUGAUGUCACGAAUUGCCAUAAUGGUGGAGAUGAGUUCUGAGGAAGUACCGUCAUGUGUGACAGCUUCUAGGUUUCUGAAUGCUGUUCUUGCUACCGAGGAAUUGGGCUUGACUACUCCGAGUGUCAGGAAUCUAGCAGCAAAUGUGUUCGCUUUAUGGAUGUGUAGUCCAUUACUAGAAAUUCAGCUGAAGCCGCACCAUUGCCCAUGGAGACUCUGGGCCGGUUGGCAGAAGUUGCUGCAAAGGUAUGGACAUGCAUCAGACUCGAGAAGAGCUAAAGACCAGCCAGUGUUGAGGCUGCAACGAAACGUCUUCUUUCCAAGACAUUUGGAAGAAGGGAUCAAGGAUUCCCGUAUUCAGGAAUUACUUUACGAAGAAGCUCGUCAUAACGUUGUUACUGGGAGAUAUCCCCUGGAAAGUGCACAGGCACUGAUGCUUGGAGGGUUACAAGCGAGAAUACAGCUGGGACCUUAUGAUCCGCAUCGCCAUACUGCCACUUUCUUCAGGGAGAAUCAGGAUAAAUAUUUGCCGAAGCACGCUCGAUCGGGACGCUGGGCGCGGCUUUUGCCUGCUGGUCGCAAGGGAAGUCCUGAAGCGAAACUUCUAGAACAGACGCAGAGACCACCUGCGGCGCCACCCAGGAAGCUGCGGCACAAAUACCUGGCACAUACGAGAACUUUGCCUACUUAUGGCGCUGCUUUCUUCCAAGGUCAAAUAGAGCAGCCAGUUCGAAGUCUCACCAGUUUGUUGACUCACGAAGACAUCCCAGUUCUGGUAGCCGUCAAUUCUAAUGGAGUUUACGUCAUUGAUGACACUGAAAGCACGGUAUUGCUCGGUCUGCUGUAUGAAGAGUUAUCGUGGGACAUCGGCCUACCUUCAGACGACAACGAGGACUGUCUUCCGUGUCUCUUCUUGCAGUUCAUGGUUGUUGAAAAUGGUCUACGAGUCUCGAAAAUUUUACAGAUAUUUUCAAAGCAGGCAAUAAUGAUGGACACAUUGGUGGAACAUUUUGCUGGAGAAUACCGCAAGAGGCUGGGGCAGGAGACGCCGAGUGAACACGCUAACUAUGACUACCAUUCAGAUUCUGGCAGCAUCUCCCUGCCGCCCCUGUCACGGCCAGACUCCCCCCAAAGGCGCCUGGCCAACAAACUGUCUCGACUGGCGCUGGCUACUCAUGACGGCCGGGGCAACCUGCUGGGAGGAGCAGGAGACUGGAACACGGGGCUACAUCAGACACAGCCCUCUUGGAUACUACCCAAACAUUAAAAUGUAUAUUGUAAAGUAGUAGAGAAAAUUAAAUCAGAUUUCAAACACAAA